UAUCUGGAUAUGAUAUUAUUUUUUUUUUAAUUUCAAAAAAAAAUUUGUCUAAAUGAAUUUUAAAUCAUUAAUGGUUUAAACAUUGUUCAAUGUCAAUGUCAUAAUCAUUUUUGUUAUCCAACGAUAUGAAUGUGCCGGCAACAUCGUCAACUAUCUCUUUGGAACCGGUCAUUCUAGCAUUAGAAAUUCGUAAUUUAUCCUCUAAAUUUUCCUAUGGUGAUCGUAAUGAAAUGUUAUAUGGCCUAGGUGCUACGUCAGUUCAUAAUCAUCCUUAUUAUUCAGUAGCCUUUUUCCCGGAUGAACUUGCAUGUCAUAUGGUCAUCCGUUUGUUACAUCAACGUCAAUGGAAUGGUCGACGUUUACGUGUUGAAUUUGCCAAACCAGAACAAAUUCGUCGUCUUCCUAGUCAUCAUGUCUGUGAUUUAACACUCAAAAGGCAAAUUGAACAUGAUCAAUUUCAAGUAUUUCGUGAUCAAAUUCAAGAAUUGCAAACUCAAUCAAUACCAAAUAACAUUUUGAAUUCGAAUUUUGAAGAUAUUCCUGAAGCCAACAAACAUAUUAUCCAGCAAAUUCGACAACACUUGUUGAGCAAUGAAAAAUUUUAUAAAUGUGUUGUUGCAUUGAUGCUCAAACUGGGCCUGGAAUUAUCAUUCUCUUGGCAAAAUGAGGAUUUAUCUACUAUUCCAUUACCAAAAGAUUCAGAUGAAGAAUCUGAGUUGGAAACUGAUCUCACCGUCAAUGAUCUCAAUCAUAACCAAGCGCCCGAAUUCGAAUUGAAACGUCGUCGACGUCGUAAAAAGCGACUUAAAACAGGAUUUAUUGGUGACAACGCUGAAUCGUUUCAUGUGAACCCAAAAACUUCCAUUGAUCAAAAUAAAAUUACUACCGAAAUUGAAGAAAUCUUCGAUACAGUCCCAAAAUCAAAAAAAUCUUCGAUAAAUUUAACAACGAAUUUUAUCAAUCUAUCUUCAAUAUCAUCUUCAUCUGAUUUAGUUAAGGAACCUAGUACAACUGCCGAAGGUUUCGGUUCUCUAGUCAAACCACAUUCAACAUCUUCAUUAAAAUCAAAAACAUCGAUCAAUGAUAAUAAUUUUGAUCUUUGUUUAUUGCGUCCAAAAGAUCUGAUUUCCGAUCAGGAAUUGGAAUCAAAUCGAAUAUCUACGGAUAAAUGGUGCGAAUAUCCAGUAUUUAAAAAUUAUUCAAUUGGUGAUCAACAAAGUCAUCGACUUUAUGUCAAAAAUAUUCAUCGAAAAGUUGAACUUCGAGAUUUGUAUCGAUUAUUUGCUCGAUUUAUUGAUCUUAAUAAUAAUGAUCAUGUUGAUAAAUUUGGCAUCAUUUACAUGGAAAAAGGUAGAAUGCGUGGCCAAGCAUUUGUCACCUAUCCCGAAUUGACACAAGCUAGUUUAGCAUUAACAUCAACUAAUGGUUUCAUAUUCUAUGAUAGACCUAUCGUUGUUCAAUAUGGUCGUUGUAAUAAUUUACCACAAGAAUAACUGUUUCGAUGAUUAUUUUAAUUAAUAAUUACAAAUAAUAAAAAAAAUACAACUAC